AUGUCCCCAAGUCCACCGUCUGCAGACUGGUGCACACUGGAGUACAAAAAAUUGCAGCCCUUCGCCAGGAGGUCAUCAAACUGCCCCCCCCUGGAGAACUGGAGGAGGUUGGCCCAGAGUUUGCAAGGCUGGCCAACAGCCCAGUAUUCUCCAGGUGCAGUGUGUGAUGGGAAGGGCUUCUUUCUCAACACCUUUGUUGGGAAUCCUGGCUCAGUCCAUGACACCAGAGUCCUGAAGAACAGCGCAAUUUACAAACAGGCUCUGUAUCCUCCCUCAGGAUUCUUCCUUUUGGGUGAUGGUGGCUACCCCUGCAUAGAAGGACCUGUGGCCCUCAUCACCCCAUAUAGAGAACCACUGCAAGGGAGGGUGCAGAGCCGCUUCAACCAGCAUCAUGCCAGGGCUCGCUCCAUCAUAGAGUGGGCCUUUGGCAGGAUGAAAAGCAGGUGGAGAUCGCUGUUCUUCAAGGCUCUGGAGGUCCACCACACCUUUGUCCCCUCAGUCAUCACCGCCUGUGCAGUACUCCAUAACAUCUGCCUCACAGCGGGGGACAUCCUGGAGCCUGAAGAGGAUGUUGGGGACAUUGGUGUGGUUCCACCACGUCUGGUGAGGGGGGAUCGAGGCGGACAUGGCCAGCGAGACUGACUGGC